GUCCUUCGUCCUUCGGUCUUAUGGGACAAAUACCACAUGGCAGCGGUUGUUUGUGUGAAAUGACGUGUUGUGCGCUGAAAAAUCUUCCGGAAUUCCCCUUUUUGGGAGGGUGAUUUUCACCGUGAGCAAUUCACCGAGAAAGAUCAGGCUUCCGGGCAUCGGAUAGAUAUGGGAAAAGCGAAACAUAAGCGUUUUCGAGCGAAGAAACAGCGACCGACUGGACUGCCGUCCGUGCAAGAAGUCGAAGCGGAGGAGGGCGAGUUGGGCACGGGAAGCGGCGCGGCGGUGCAGAACCAGUCUCUCACGCUACUCGAACGGCUUCAAAGCAGCUCUGAUGAGGAGAAGGUGUGCUCUUGUUCCUCCCUGGCUAACCUUGUCCAGGAGCCAGCAGCUAGGGACACUCUGCUUGAGAACGGCGUGGUCAAAUGCCUGGGCCCUCUCCUCUUGGAUAACCGGGCAGCAAUCAGAGAAGCAGCUACUGGAGCUCUCAGAAACCUGAGUGCUUGCGGGGAUCAUGAAGUGUGUGACAGAAUGGUCAGUGAUGACAUCAUGACCCCUCUGGUCACACUUCUGAGCCAGUUCUGCAAUGGUAUUCCGAUACCUCCGGGGAACAAGCCACCAAAGAGAGAUCCUAAUCUGAAUUCCCUCCUACAGGCCCUCCAUCUACUCUGGAAUCUAUGUGAGAGUAGUGGGACUGCAGUGAACAUCUUCAACCGUCAUGGCCUUGUACAUGUCACACUGCAGUGCCUACAGACCCACGCUACCUUCCUGGAUCUAGCUCUUACUGCAGCCCACUGCUUGCAGACCGUCAGCGAAGACAACCCCGGCACAGGCGUGGAGCUCACCAAACCCACCGCCCUGCCCAUAUUGGAGAAUGCCCUCAUGAGUCCAGGGGACACCAUGCAGCAUACACUUCUCAGAACGCUUGUUGCAAGUGUGCUUUACAACAUCAAGGGCCAUCUGCCGGCAGUAUCGCAGAACCAGACGAUUCAAGCCAUCGUCAAGGUACUAUGUCAGUCCCUGGACGCAGACACGCAGGCCGCUGUCUCCAAACUGCUCCCAGAGAUGACAACAAAUGGCCAGAUUUCCAAUGGCUCGGGAGAACCAGAAACCAAAGAAACACUACCAGAUGAUGAGCUUCCCAAGACCCUCUCUGAGGACCUGGUCGAGAUAGAAGCUGCCCUCACAGCCCAGCAGGUGGCCCUGGAGGUUGCCUCCAACAUGUGUUGUCCAGACGAUGAUGAGGAGGAUGACUGGGAGGACAUGGCGUCCAGCAGCAGCAGUAGCGACGACCUGCAAGAUGAAGCAGCUGAUACUGAUGAAAUCCCAUUCAUGUCUCCUUUGUGCCUCUCAGAUGAGAUCCGCGGAGCUCUUGUUAGUCACAAUCUCCCAAACAAGGUUUUAGUGAAGUGUGCUUUCCCGGACAGAACGCUGCUGCAGAGCCUGAUCUUACACAGCGCAGGCAAGACAGUCUUCAAAGGCCUAUUGCGAGUCCAGAGCCGUGCUCUGCUCUGUCUACAAAACAUGAUUGCCGUCAUGGACCUAGCAUCAUUAGGCGGACCAGAGGCACUGACGCUCGUUCUUGACAAACUUCUUGUGCUCACCAUGGUGGAACCAGCACCAGCCGGGGAUGAGUUGGUAGAGGCGUUGACUAGUGCCCUCCGCUCUGUGCUACAGAAAAUGGCUGCCAGCAAGCACAUGCCUCAAUCUUUAUCAGAACAUCACCUGACGAGACUGUUUGGGCUGGGACAAGGCACCCAGUCUGAGCAAAUCCGUGUCAACAUCGUGGGCAUGCUGGGUAGCGUUGGGAGUUUACUGGCAGCAAAGGCAGACUCAGAGCAGCUGUUAACGGCUGUUGGUACCCAGCUGAGCGAGGUAGCAGUGAAAGACAGUUCCCUGUGGGUGACUGCAGAGGCACUGGACGCCAUCUUUGACGCCUUCGGCGAUGGGGCAACAGCCGAUGCCGUGGCAGUGAAAAUUGGACUGGUGCCCAAACUGAAGAUGCUGGUACCGCAGCUGAAGUCUAGGUUACGACAGGGUAAGAACCAGCUAGGAGAACACAUGCCAGUAGUCAUCAACGCUCGACACAACUUGGUCCGAUUCAUCAAAUACAAGGAGACUCAUUAAGGCAAGUUCGUACUCGGCACGAACAUGAACGUGAAUUUGUGACGUCAGGGCAAGUUUUUGCACUGCGAAUUCGCAAAAGUUGAGCACAAUUCAACUCCAGCGUAUUAUGAAGCGUAUGCUUUGUGACGUCAAAUUCACAUCGCAUUCGCAUAAAGUAUGAAGCGGCCUUCAGAAUGGAAUCAAGAACGUCGGCCAUCUUGGAAAAUACUAUGCAUAGUUACCUCAGGUAAGGUCACAUCUUAAUAACCUGACUACGGCUGACAGUAACGCACGUCUAUGGAAGCAGCUGAAUCCAUUUCCCAUAGGCUUGUGUGAUAUUAAUAGCCGUAGCCGCGUUAAUUUGGAUGUGGCCUAACUCAGGUAACCCUAGAGAUAAUUGUUCAUAUUUAAUUGUGAAAGAAGGAUAAGUGGGAUACAACCCUUU